CUGAAGAGAAUGGAAGUCGUCGCCUUGGCAUUGACGCUCAAGGCUUGUCGUAUGAGAGUUUCACUCUCCAGCCUUUCUACAAAUAAUCGUUGCAAAUCGAGAGAAUGCUUCUCAAGAUCGACAGCGGAAGACACGCGCUCCCAACUUAGAAAGCGUGGUCCUGCGUGAAGGAAGGCUCGCAUGGGUCUGCCACCCUCGAGAUUCGCAAAGUCCGUUGCCAACCUCACAAGAGAGAGUGUUACAGCCACAUUUCUGAGAGAGACCUAAGCAAUAGACUGGUCGAUCCCUUAUCCUUCACAUUCCUACCCAGAAUGACCACCCUCGCAUAUCGAGUCAACAGCAAAAUCAGAAGAAGGAUCCAGCCCAUACCCCACGACUUCAGCAACUGCAACUGCGAGACCGACAUCUGCGAAGCUCUUACAGCGCAGAAUGAUGCCCGUUGCUCCACAGACUGCUCCAUGCCCGACUGGGACAACGAUCUUGCAGCGAAAGCGCGAAGGAAGGCUCGUUCGCUGGCGUAGGACGACUCGUUGAAUCGAGACUCCGUACACUUGGGCAAGCGCAGCAACAUCUAUGUCUCUGCCCAGCGUCCAAGUAUCGAAGAUGCCGUGAAUGCUUGGGUUGCUGAGAAGGAAUUGCGGAAUGAAAGUAGCAAUGGACGCGUGCCCGAGGGUACGUCGAUGGGUCUAAGUCGCUGAAUCUCACCCGCUUAUUCGUCCG